AUGUCAUUAGCACUUAGGUUUGGACUAAUCACGUCAUUGCACGAAGCCGUGUUUGGGGCUCUUCCAAAAGUGCCAUCAAUUACGAUACGUUUGGGUUUAUCAUUGCCUAAACCAUGUCAAGAACAUAACCAUACCCAUCAUGGUGAUUCUAGAUUAUCUGAACUACAAGAACAACUAGAAAAUGGUCUAUUAAGCCCUCCACCAUUUAUGAUUGAUAAUGGUACCAUAUUGAGAGCAGCCCCCAAAAAGAAGAGUUCUUACAUGAGGAAAAGAAUGAAGCUAUAUAUGCCCGGGAAUAAACAAAUUAAACCAUUACAUAAUAUAGUUCGGUGUCCUGCUUGUGGAAGUGUCAAGAGAUCACAUUUCAUGUGUAUGAGCUGUUUUGCUGAGAUCAAGACUUUUCUUAAGAAAUUGAAGAGGCAAGAUGGAUUGAUAAAAGAUCCUGUUGAUCCACAACGGGAUUUGAAUCCGGUAGACGAGAGAAUAGUAUAUCCCAACAAAUUCUUAAGAGUCGAUGAAAGACGAUUGAAGAAAAAAGAUUGGAUACCUAAAAGAGAGGAACCUUUGCUUUUUAGCAAGGACCAAAUGAUUCCUCAAAAGAGGAAGAAGUAUUUUUAA